AUGCUCUCAGGCGCCUUUUGGCCAGUCUUUGACAUUCUGGAUCAUCUCACCCCACUAAUAAUACAUCAAUCUAUGGAACCCCGUUCGUGCAAGUGUGGAAGCUGGAAUUGCAGUGGAUUGGUUGGCAAGGAGGAGAAUGUUCAAGUUAAGAGGAACGGAUCACAGGAAAAAAGACAAAUCACUACAGACACCAACUUCAAACAACUCGGCUUAGGAGGUACAGUUGGGAAUCUCAUGCAGGUCAAUCCGAGAAAGUUCGAAAAAGAAAACAGAGCAACCGAUACAGCGAAUCUUCGAGAUACUUUUCUGAAAGUUCUGAAGAAUGAUCCAGAACUGACGAAUGAGAUGAAAAAGACGAUUCUCUCAAACGAGCACUGUCAGCACUCAGAAUGA